GUGAGCUCUGUAGUGUAGUUAAUGUAGAUACCUAACGUUCCAUCUUCUAGCGCUUCCGGGAAGCCACAAAAUAAGUACGAUAUGCUCCAGUUAUCAUUACCAGCUCUCCGUCGGUUUGUUGAGGAUCCUUUACCACUCUCGACUAGACGGUUCUCCGUUGCUUUUCUCAUCAAGAAGGUUUAAGCAAAAUAUUUUUUGGCUCGCUGGAACUGAAUAAGAGAAAUGCUCCUCACCUCGGCACAGGUAUCUCUGGCCGUUUCGUCCGGUAUUAUCUUUCUCUGCACUGCCGCCCUGUUCCUCAGCGGCUACGUCAUCCAGCAGCGCACCCUCCGCGACCUCCGUGCCGCGAUCAAGCCGCCGCCCCGCCCGUCCCCCAACAUCUUCCUCCCCGACCGCUUGAAGCACUCGGCGACAGAGCUGCCGGACGGGACCGUCGUAGUGCUCCGCGAUGGCCAAGGUCACGGCCAGGGCGACCGCCACGGCGACGGGGAGGGCGCAAAGCGGGGGAGGAGACCCCUGAUUGUCGAGGUCAAGCCCACGCGGCCGCACAGCGACGACGGGGGGGAACCGGAGCCUCUGGCGGAUGGGCAGGGGCAGCAGCCGGCCAAGACGGCCGAGGCAAAGAGCAAAGACGGGGAGCCGGGAGAGCAGGGAGGCGGCGAGGGAGGCACAACCCGGGCUCCCGCCGACGCCGACCCCGACAGGGGGCCGGAUGAGCGGCAGAAGCCCAUGAGUAGGGCAGAGAGGCGGCGGCGUAUCAGGGCAGAGAUCAUGAGGAUGUCCCGGGGCCAGCAGCAGCAGCAGCAGCAGCAGCAGCAGCAGCAGCGCGGUUACUACCGGCGGCGGUUCUGGUGAGGCAACCACACGGGUUAUGAUGUUUGAUGAGACGAGUUAUGUACUGCAUGUGGAAACAAGCCUUUCUUUUCUCUCUUUUUUCUUUUGGAUAUGUAUUUCUCAGAUGAUUUUCCGAUGCCUGGUGGCAAUCUCCAAGACAGCAUGGACGUGGAAUGGAGAUCAUCAUGGUGCGGGUUUGUCGAGUCUGGGCGUUCUUUCGGUCUUGAAGGGUGACUGAUAUUUUGAGAGAGGACUAUGUAACGACAAAAAACAUUGCCGUGCAAUUAGCUAUGAUCUUC